UGGAAAAGUUGGGAAAGUGGAGCACAUCAGGGUUAGGUAGAAGUCGUCCAACGCCAUACAUUUAUUCUUUUUAUUGUUUGUCUGGGCACUGCGAUAUUAUAUUGGCUAGGGAAAUAGCAUUGCAAUUUCUGGGAAAUGACAUAUAUAAAUACCAUAUUGCCUCUCUUGGAUUUCCAUAGAAAUGAAGUGCUUUCCGAUUCAGAAUUCAAUGGCUCGGCUUAUCUUUCUUUACUUUGCCUUUCUCAUUCUGAUAACUAAUGUUACCAUUAUUAGUAUUUGUAAUGGCAACUCUGUUCAUGUGGUCUGCAUUGAGAGCGAGAAAGAAGCCCUUUUGAAGUUCAAGCAAGGUCUCGUGGAUCGCACCAACCGAUUGGCCUCUUGGCAUUCCAAUGAAGAUUGUUGCAGAUGGACUGGAAUUGUCUGCGACAGCAUGACUGGUCACAUCAUUGCACUCCACCUUAGAGCUCCUACUUGGGAUGACUACGAUGGCUACUAUGGCUUCUAUGACUACUAUGAGGCUAAUUCUGAGUAUUAUUGGAGAUCAAAACUGGGUGGUAAGAUAAGUCCUUCUUUACUCCAUUUGAAGCAUUUGAGUUAUUUGGAUCUCAGCAACAAUGAUUUUGGAGGAAUUCACAUUCCUAAGUUUUUUGGAUCUUUGGGGAGUUUAAGAUCCCUUAACCUCUCUCACGCAUCAUUUGAAGGGGAGGUUCCUCACCACCUUGGAAAUCUCUCGAAUCUGAAAUAUCUCAAUCUUGGGGAUAAUUAUUAUAGUAAACCCUUGCAUGUCGAGAAUCUCCAAUGGUUGUCUAGUCUUUCUUCAUUGAAGUACCUUGAUUUGACUUAUGUGAACCUUAGGCAAGCCUCCAAUUGGUUUCAUGUACUAAAUACACUUCCUUCCUUGGUAGAAUUACACUUGUCCGGAUGUCAACUUUUUCAUCAUCACCUCCAUCCCAUUGCAAGUGUAAAUUUAUCAUCUCUUGCAACCCUUUCUCUAUCUGGAAACUUUUUCCACAACUUCUCAAAAAUCAAUUGGGUUUUUGGUUUCAAGAACCUAAUUUCCCUUGAUCUAUCUGAAAAUUAUAUUGAAGGUCCAAUCCCUUGCGGUUUUCAAAAUUUGACUUUGUUAAAGUAUCUUGAUCUGUCAUACAAUUUUUUCAAUUCCUCAUCCUGUCAACUUUUCCAUCAUCAUCUCCAUCCCAUUGCAAGUGUAAAUUUAUCAUCUCUUGCUACCCUUUCUCUAUCUAGAAACUUUUUGCACAACUUCUCAACAAUCGAUUGGGUUUUUGGUCUCAAGAACUUGAUUUCCCUUGAUCUAUCUGCAAAUUAUAUUGAAGGUUCGAUCCCUUAUGGUCUUCAAAAUUUGACUUCAUUGAAGCAUCUUGACCUAUCAGACAAUUCUUUCAAUUCCUCAAUACCUGAUUGGUUGUACACUUUUGCUCCUCUUGAGUCUCUAAAUCUUGGGUUUAAUUACUUGCAAGGUGAAAUAUCAAGUGACAUAGGAAAGAUGAACUUUGUUGUUGACCUUAGGUUAUACUAUAACAUGUUCGAAGGUCAAAUCCCAAUUAGGUCGAUAGGAAAUCUUUGCAACUUGAGGUCACUCUUCCUCUCAGGUGUCAAUUUGAGUGUAGACAUAUCAGAUGUCUUAGAAGUCUUUUCUGGGUGUGUUUCUACUAAAAUAGAGUCAUUGUACUUGGGUGGGUGUCAGCUUUACGGACAAUUAAGCAACCAACUUGGGAACUUUAAAAAUUUGAGAGAGUUGUAUUUGUUUGGUAACUCAAUCUCUGGUUCAAUACCAAUAUGCAUAGGGGAGCUUUCAUCCUUAGAAUUUUUAGUUCUGUCUCAAAACAAAUUCAAAGGAAACCUUCCUAAAUCAUUUGGUCAGCUUUCUAAUUUAAUAGUUGUUGAUAUAUCAGAUAAUUUUUUUGAGGGUAUUCUUUCAAAAAUACAUUUUUUUAACCUCACAAAAUUGUUAGUGUUUUAUGCAAAUGGAAACCCAUUGAUUUUGAAGGUCAAUUCUAGUUGGAAUCCUCCUUUUCAAAUUCAAGUCUUAGGAUUAGGAUCUUGGAAUUUAGGACCACAAUUCCCACAUUGGCUUGCUUCUCAGACACACCUACGAUCCUUAGAUAUAUCCAACUCUGGAAUCUCAAGUAUUAUCCCUAGUUGGUUUUUUGACUUUUCUCAUGAAAUGGUUUUUUUGAAUCUCUCUCACAAUCAAAUUCAUGGGCAGCUUCCAAGUUUUUCUACCUUCAAUGAUUCAUUAUCUUGGAUCUUCUUCCAUUUGACGUUUUUAGACUUUUCUAAUAAUCUUUUGUCGGGUUCCCUUUUCAAUUUUUUGUGUCUUGGAGUGAAUGAACCCAUAGAUCAAAUGUAUGUUCUCAAUCUUGGCAACAAUGUUUUGUCUGGAGAGUUACCAAAUUGUUGGUCUAAGUGGCCAAAUUUAGGGGUCAUUGUAUUAGAUAACAAUAGAUUUACAGGUGAAAUUCCAAGCAGCUUGGGAACUUUACAAUUCCUUGAAUCAUUGCAUCUUCAUAAUAACAACCUUUCAGGAGAAAUUCCUGUGUCCAUGAGAAAUUGUACAGCUUUAAAGACCCUUGAUUUUGGUGAAAAUGAGUUGGUUGGGAACAUCCCGUCAUGGAUGGGUCUUAACCUUGUUGAUCUGACAAUCUUGAGGCUACGUUCAAACAAGUUUUCGGGGCAUAUCCCUAGAGAGUUUUGCGCACUUAAUUUUCUCCAAGUCUUGGAUGUUGCUCAUAAUAGGCUUUCAGGAAGCUUACCAAGUUGCAUUAGUAACUUAAGUGCCAUGGUUUAUUCUGUAAAUGGCUCGUUUGGGAACUACAUUCAGUACGGCUCAUCAGAUUUUAUUGAGCAAGUAUUUCUUGUGAUGAAAGGCCAGUUUUAUGAAUAUGAUAGAACUCUUAAUUUGGUAAGAGUCCUUGAUUUGUCGAAUAACAAUUUAUCAGGAGAUAUCCCUUGGGAAAUAACUAGGCUUCGAGGGUUGCAAUCACUAAAUUUGUCACACAACCUUUUCACUGAAAGGAUCCCUCCAAAUAUUGGUGACAUGAGUUCACUUGAAUCUCUUGAUCUUUCUGUAAACAAAUUGCUUGGGUCAAUCCCUGAAAGCAUGUCUAGAUUGUCAUUUCUAAGCUACUUGAACCUGUCUGACAACCAAUUGAGUGGAAAAAUACCUUUAAGUACACAAUUGCAGAGCUUUGAUGCAUCUUGCUAUGCUGGAAAUGAACUUUGUGGCCUUCCACUCAUGGAUAACUGUAGCAAAGUUAAUCAUGUAACACCUGGCACUGGAAAUAAUGGUGGGAAAGAUAUUGAUGGAGCUGGAGUGAACUGGUUGUUCAUUAGCAUCGCACUUGGGUUUAUUUUGGGAUUUUGGAGUGUACUAAGUCCUCUAGUGAUUAGUAGGCAAUGGAGGUAUGCAUAUUAUCAAUAUCUAGAUGAGAUGCGGUGGAAAGUCAGUGAUUAUGGGAGUAAAUUUUUCUAAAAUCUUAUGUAGUUUUCUUAAAAAGUGUAUUUCUCUUCAUGUUCUUGUGAUAUAUAUGUUACAAAGCAUUGCCUCUUUCACUUUUUCGCAAUUUUGUUUUGACUUUUUGUUAUUUGUAAUGAAGCUGUAAAAUAGUU